AUGUCGGCGCCGCCCGCGCUGCAGAUCCGCGAGGCGAACGCGCACCUGGCGGCCGUGCACAGGCGCGCGGCGGAGCUGGAGGCGCGGCUGGACGCGGCGGAGCGCACGGUGCGCGCCCAGGCCGAGCGCCUGGCCCGCCACGACCAGCAGCUGCGCGCCGCCCUGGACGAACUGGGCGGCGCCAAAGACCGCGAGAUCGCCGCUCUGCGGGAGCAGCUGCUGACCGCCGAGGCCGCAGUGCGCCAGAGAGACGAGCUCAUCCGCCAGCUGCAGCCCCGGGCCGAGCUGCUGCAGGACAUCUGUCGGCGCCGGCCGCCGCUGGCCGCGCUGCUGGCCGCCCUGGCCGAAGCCGAGCGCCUGGGGCCCCUGCCGGCCGGCGACCCUGCCGGGCCCGGCCCGCCCCUUGCCAACAGCGCUGGGGAGGAGCCGGCCGGCGGGCACCUGCAGCCUGCGGUGUUCGGGACCACGGUGUGAGCUCCGGAGCGCGGGGAGGAGGCUGCGGCCGGGGAGCCACAGCCCCGGCGAGCGCCAGGACCGACGGCUGAAAGGCCGCUCCAAAUGGGGCGCAGCGGCUCACCGCACGGGUUUAGCCCGGUUUGAUCUUACCUUUUCAUCCCAGACCGGAACUGGGAGCCUCAAAGCUCGUGCCGUCUCUGUCUGGUUCGUUUUUCGCCGUGGACGCGUUUCCCCCGACGCCUGUCCUCCCGUCUCUAACCCCGACUGGAGAGCAGGCAGCCAGGCUGCCCAGGGAAACGCUCGCGUUACCUCUCCUCGCUGGUGCCGGCCCCAGGGCCUUUGCACAGGACCUUCUCCCGAGCCUCACCUGGAGCCCGUCGUACUCCCCGCUGCACUCCCUGCUGGCCUCUUUCAUGGUCAGAGUGUGAGCUCCACAUGGACAGUUUUUGUCUCGUUCUGCUUGUCACCAGUGCCUGUCACAGCCCGGGAGCCCCGGCAGGCCUGGGGGGUGGGGGGCCCUGGAGGGAGCCAGAGCCCCCCAGGACAUCCCACGAGGCGCCCUGGGCCAACCUAGCGUUGCAGCCAGCACCCAGCUCCCUCGGGUAUCCCCUAGAGAGUCUAUUUUUUCAUUCCUCGUUUUUACAACCGUCCCUCCUGGCCCGACAUGGGGGGGGGGGGGGAAGGCGAGAACCCAUGCCUUCCAGUGCGUGGCCUGGCCUUGUCACUCAGGGAGUCGUCACGCCAGGAACUGCCCCAGGGAAGGGCAGCUGCCACCCAGCCUCGCCCCCAGUGCAGGAACAAUGGCCCCAUUCUCCCCUCUGGAUGAGUGCGGUGGGGGCUAUAUGUGCUCUGAAAUAAACCGGAUGCCUUCUCAGCCUGGGUCCUCGGCCUUCCUUCCCUGCCCGGGGGCCUGCUGGGUGGCCAGGCACAGGUGUGCAGCCACCUCCCACUCUGGAGUUCCUGGGGCAAUUCCUAGCCCGCCCCACCCCCGAUGCUGGGGACA